AUGUCUACCGUUGACAGCAUUAAUCUCAUCGAAACAAGACUUAAUGAAGGGAACGCAACUCUUCAAGCAAAAUACGCGACCCUAUCAGAAUUAUGUGAUAUCCUAGAUGGUGGGUCCAGAGAGGAAUAUGAAUUGUUUAUGAGUAAGAUUGUUCCUAUCCUCUUAUCCAAUUUAAAUGAAAUACCAAUAUCAUUAAACAAAAGCUCCACUGGACAUAAAUUGAGAUACUUUAUAUUGGAUAUUUUAAACAGAUUUUUAAUGGCACAGGCUGCUGAUGAGGAUGUUCGUAAGAUUUUAGAUAUACUGCUGAAAAUAUUACCUGAAGAAAAUGAAGAGAAUGGUGUACUAUGUAUGAAGAUUCUUACUGUAUUGUUCAAAUCUUACAAAAACAUUUUACAAGAGAAAGUUGAGCAAUUUAUUACCAUAAUUAUCCAAUUUUACAAGAAUGCACCAGAAUUAGUAAAAAAUGAGUUUAAAUCCAAUGAAACCAAUGAUGGCGUAAUUUCAGACGCUGACACAAGUGACCAUAAUUUAUUAGAUCCCGAUGUUGAUGAAGAGAAAAGGGAAUCCUCUAAAUCCAAAGAUGAAAUCCAACCCAAUGGAAUAAGUGAUGACUUGGACAACAACCAGGUUUCAAAAUUAAGAACCACAAUGUUUUCCUUCAAGAUUUUGUCAGAGUGCCCUAUAACAAUGGUCACUUUAUAUUCUUCAUACAAAAACUUAACAAGUUCUUCCUUGCUUGAGUUUACCCCGCUAGUAAUGGAGUUAUUAAGAACAGAAGUUGAACAACAGAAAGAAGCACGUAAAAAGGCUGAAGCAGAUGGUAAAAGAUUAACAUCCGUAUCUUCAGAUAUUAAGAAUAGAAUAACUUACAGCGAAUUAAUUCUUGCACAGAUUAAAGCAACUUCCUUCUUAGCCUAUGUUUUCAUUAGAGGAUAUGCUUCUGAUUAUUUAAAUGAGAACGCUGAGCUGGUUCCAGAUUUAAUAGUCAGACUGCUACAAGAUUGUCCAUCGGAAUUAUCAUCAGCUAGGAAAGAAUUGCUUCAUGCUACCAGGCAUAUUUUAUCGACAAAUUAUAAAUCUUUGUUUUUAAAGAAGCUGGAUUAUUUAUUUGAUGAAGAUGUCUUGAUUGGUCAUGGGUUUACCACACAUGAGGUGCUAAGACCUCUGGCUUAUAGUACUGUUGCCGAUUUUAUCCACAAUAUUAGAUCAGAAUUGCAAUUAUACGACAUUGAACGAACGAUUAAAGUGUACACUGGUUAUUUAUUAGAUGAGUCAUUGGCCUUAACUGUCCAAAUUAUGAGUGCCAAAUUGCUACUGAAUCUAGUAGAAAGAAUCCUAAAAUUGGGUAAAGAAGAACCAACAGACGCCCCAAAAGCAAAGAAACUACUAAUGGUCAUUAUUGAUGCUUAUACAAAGAGAUUCAAGAUGUUGAAUAGACAGUAUGGUUCAAUUAUGCAACACCAUAGAGUAUAUACUAAAAAUAAAUUAGAAAAAGUUAAAGUAGCCCAGCAGUCGCUAAAAACCGAAGAUAUUAAUCCCGAUGCCCUAAUGAAGGAUAUUUUUGGUGAUUCAACAGACAAGUUAAUGAAUACAACUGAGCCAAAUGUCGAAACUAAUUCCGAGAUCCUUAAAGUAAACCAGGAUAAGGAGGAUGAUACCAACAUGGAAAUUGACGAGAAUACAGUAGAGACGUCAGAAAUUGUUUUAGAUAUUUAUAACAUAAAUGAGUAUUAUCCGAUACUUCUAGCCCCUGUAUCAAACGGUGAUCCAAUAAAAGAUGCAUUUUAUCUAUACCGUACAUUAAUGUCCUUCUUGAAGACCAUAAUCCAUGAUCUAAAGGUAUUUAAUCCACCACAUAAUGACUAUACUGCAGCCCACGCUAAACUAUGGACUUCUGUUUCUAGAGGGUUUUAUUAUGAAGAAGUUUUAAUGUUUAGAGAACUAUUUCAUGAAUGUGUUGUUGGCCUGAAGUUUUUUGCAAGUACAAAUGAAAAAUCUAUCGUACAUCCUAAAAAACAUUUUGAUAUUGCCAUGCCCAGCCUUCCUGUCUCUGCUACAAAAGACGGGCGCGAAUUAAUGGAUUAUUUAGCAUUUAUGUUUUUGCAAAUGGAUAGUUCAACGUUCAACGAGAUUAUUGAAUCUGAAAUUGAUUUUAUCUAUGAACGUAUGUUAGAAGAUUCCGCCUUACUACAUAUUGCUCAAUCAUUCUUAACAAAUGAACUAACUUCACCAAAUUUUGCCAGUAUAAUACUUAGAUUUUUGAAAUCAAAAUUGAAAGAUCUCGGAAAUGUCGAUUUUAACGAGUCAAAUAUCCUUAUACGUUUAUUUAAAUUAUCAUUCAUGUCUGUCAACCUAUUUCCAAACACUAAUGAACUUGUAUUAUUACCACACUUAAAUGAUUUAAUUCUGGACUCGUUAAAAUAUUCAACAACAACGAAGGAACCACUAGUAUAUUUUUACCUCAUUCGAACUCUAUUCAGAAGUAUAGGUGGUGGUAGAUUUGAAAAUCUAUAUAGAUCCAUUAAGCCGAUAUUACAAGUUUUACUCCAGUCUCUAAACGAAAUGAUACCCACAGCAAGGUAUCCACACGAGAGAGAAUUAUAUGUGGAAUUGUGCAUAACAGUACCUGUAAGAUUAAGUGUCCUUGCUCCAUAUCUACCAUUCCUAAUGAAACCGUUAGUAUUUGCGCUACAAGGACAUGCAGAACUAAUUUCUCAAGGUCUAAGAACCCUAGAACUGUGUAUUGAUAAUUUAACCGCUGAAUACUUUGACCCAAUAAUUGAACCCGUCAUUGAAGAUGUAACGAAGGCCCUCUUUAAGCUGUUGAAACCACAACCUUACAAUCAUACCAUUAGCCACACUACAGUUAAAAUUCUAAGUAAGCUUGGUGGUAGAAAUCGUCGUUUCCUAAGAGCUCCACAUGAUUUGAAAGAAGGAAACGAAUUGGACUUAGAGAUAAGCGCAUUAUUUAAAGUCAAUGGCUUGACUGAAGAAAUUCCACUAUCUGUUACACCUGCUAUUAAAACAGCUCUAGAUACUCUAGAAAAUUAUAAAUCAAGUGUUGACUAUAAAAGGAGUGCGUUUAAUUAUAUAUCGAAUGUUUUAUUAUUAUUCAUUAAACCCUCAACCGAUUUUCCAGAAUCUUAUGUUAGCGACAUCAAGGAAGCUUCAAGAAUUUAUCAAAUAGAGAAGUUUAAAGUUCCAGCAGAUUAUAAUACUUAUCCUAUUGUUGACCGAAACAUGUUCUCCAAACAAGAGGAAUUGGUUGUUAAACUUCUAGAAGCAUUAUUUUUGGCUACAUCAAUAGAGGAGUUAAGAGAAGAAGCUACUACUAUUAUUAAUCACGUUGUGGACCAUUUUUGCUUAUUACAAGUCAACAACACAUUACUUAGAAAAAGAUACAUCAGUAAUACAUUUAACAUUGACAUAAAGCUCCCAAAUUUAUCGUUUAAUAGCAAUAUUCUUGUCACUGCAAUGUCUACAGCUUUAUCAUGUUAUAUGCUACCUGUUAGGGAAGCUACUAUAAAUGGAAUCAAAAGAAUCAACGAAAGGUGUAUGAUAAUUUAUGAGGAAAAAUCUGUAUUUCAAUUUUCUCUACUAUACGAUUUAAUGAAGCAAUUUAUGCAUGAUUGUUAUAAGGAGAAAUUUUACGAAAAAGAAGCUGGUAUACUUGGUAUAAAAACACUUAUUGAAGAUACAUGUGUGUCAACAGAUGUGCUGAAAAAACUCCAACCAGAUUUAGUAGCGGGAUUUUUAUUUGUACUAAAAGACACACCAGUUGGCGCCCCUGUGACUAUUACUAAGGGUGCUGAGAAUCUGUUGAAUCAAGUAUUAGUGUUGACAUUUGAUAAUGUUACCGAGGCAGAUCUUGAGUUGAAAGGUAUCCAACAUACCUUAACUGAUAUUGUCUGCGAAUUAGGAAAUCCACAUGAAAAAGUUAGACAAAUCUGCCAAUCGAACCUUACAGUCAUAAGUGAAAAAACUAAUAUCCCUAUUGUAAAACUAAUGGAUAAGUCCAAAAAUUUCUUACUUUCACCCAUUUUUGCUAAACCACUGAGGGCACUUUCGUUCACAAUGCAAAUUGGGAACAUUGAUGCCGUUACUUAUUGCUUAGGUCUUCCAGAUACAUUUUUAACAUUCAACGAAGAAUUAUUUAGGCUCCUACAGGAGGUUAUCGUUUUAGCAGAUGCAGAAGAUGAAUCAUUAUCUACCAUUCAAAGGGCAACAGAAUACGGAACUUCUGAGCAAUUAGUUAAAUUAAGAAUAGCAUGUAUUAAGCUACUGAUUUUAGCAUUAAAAAAUGAAGAAUUUGCCACUGCUCAACAGGGUAAUAUUAGGAUCAGAAUAUUAGCCGUUUUCUUCAAAACAAUGCUUAAAACAUCACCUGAAAUCAUUGAUACCACAUAUGAAGCCUUAAAAGAGGCUCUAGCUGAAAACUCGAGGCUACCUAAGGAAUUGUUACAAAAUGGUCUGAAACCAAUGCUAAUGAAUUUAUCUGACCACCAGAAACUGACAGAAUCUGGACUAUAUGCAUUAUCAAAGCUAUUGGAACUUUUAAUCGCAUACUUUAAGGUGGAGAUUGGUAAAAAGUUACUAGAUCAUUUAGGAGCAUGGUGUACAUUUGAAGUACUGGAUAAUAUAUUCGGUCUUGAUAUAAUAAAUCAAACUCCAACAAAAAUUAUUUCUAGUAUUAUAAACAUCUUUCAUCUUUUACCACCUAGGGCAGAUAUGUUUUUGAAUGACCUUAUGGUUAAAGUACUAUUUUUGGAGAGAAAACUGAGAUGCCAUUUAGAUUCACCCUUCAGAACUCCUUUAGCGAAGUACCUGAAUAGAUUCCAUAGUAAUGUUAUAGAAUAUUUCAAACGUAACCUGGCUCCUAGACAGCUGACACUAUUCAUGUGCAGUAUUAUUAAAAGAACAGAGGCUAAAGAUUUGGCUGCUGAUUUUGAAAAUGAAAUGCUAAACUUCUACAACUAUUAUAUUGAGAAUAUACCAUCUAAUGAGGUGAGGGUUGUUAGUUUCUUUGCUAAUAUGAUUGACUUAUUCAAUACUAUGAUUCAGAUUAAGGGAAUAGAAUGGCUGAGGGAUCAGGAAGAAAUGAUUUUAAAGUUACAAUCUAUGCUUACUCUUACACUAGAACUGAUCAAGAAAAGAUCCUUCUACAUUGAUGGGUUACAAUUAAGCCAAGCAAUUGAAAAGUAUGAGAACAUACAUCUGCAAUAUAUCAAAUUUCAUCCUGAAAAAACUACAUUAUUAUUUGAAUUCAUCCAAUACACGUACACAGAGGAUAUUUUACUAUCACAUCAAAUCGAGGAUUAUGUAUUUUCCCAGAUUGUUAAAAAUGAAGAUACAGAAUACCAAAAUACUAGUAUACAAGAUGCAUUAACGUUUGCCUUAGACAGUAGCAACCUAAAGACCCGUAUCUUCUUGUUUAAAAAAGUUAUAAAUGCUAGCUUAAUAUUUGACGCUGUGUCAAACGGUUCAUUGGAUAGAUUGAUCGGUAAUAAUAGUAGCUCUAAACUCAUCAAGUAUGUUGCGACUCACGUUUGGAAAAGUAGUAAUGAGAACUUAUUCUCAAAUGUUGCAGGUGAAUUAGAUGGUUUCAGGUUUGAAUUACUUCAAUUAUCAUCGAUAUUUAUGAAAUGGAAACCAACCGCGUUAGACGAAUAUAAAAAAGAUUUUAUCAAGUUUAAUUGGCAUUUCAUUAAAUUAGAGGAUACGCUCUUGAAACAAGCUGCAUAUCUCGUAACCUCUUUUAUUAUCAAGGAAUAUGAUUUCCCAUUAAAUGUCGUGGUACAGAUUUUUGUCGCUUUAUUAAGGAGCCCUCAGACUGAAGCCCGUUUCCUAGUUAGCCAAUCCCUAGAUAUGUUGGCUCCAGUGAUACAUAAGAAAACUAUAACCACAGAUACACCAAAUGACUGGGUAAGCUGGGUAAAAAGAGUAAUGUUCGAAAAUUCUUCGAACCAAAACAGCACUUUAUAUCAGUUUGUGAUUAAUCAUCCUGAUCUAUUCUUCAAGUCACGUCACUUAUUUAUAUCAAAUAUUGUUCAUCGCAUGAAUAAAGUAACCUUUAUGCAUAACGUUAAUCCAGAUACUCAAAUAUUAUCAAUCGAUCUCGCUUCACUUAUAUUAAAAUGGGAAGAAAUGGAUUUAGUUUCUCACAAGAAAACAAGUGUGGAUGCAGAUGGUGACAUUGAUAUGGAUAAUAGUACUGUUGCAGAAAGUGUAAGUACUAUGGUUACACCGGUAACUCCUCGAAGUUCCAUUAGUUUGAAUCUACGCGAGACCUGUAUAUCUUUCCUUAUCCGUUAUAUUUGUGCAAGCGACCAUAGGGCGAUAGACAAUGAACUUGGGGUCAGAGCCAUUAACAUUCUUUCAACGUUAUUAUCGGAAAACUACUGGUCUGACGUCAAUGUCAAAUUAUCUUAUUUUGAAAAGUACUUAUCGAAUGUAGACUCAGGCGCUGAAAACACCGUAUACUAUUGCAUCAAUACAUUGGAUGUUCUGUAUAUAUUUUUCAACAAUAAACCUAAUGAAUGGGUUAUUGAAAAUUUGACAACAAUACAAUCGCUGCUAGAUAAAUCAAUUAAGUCAAAUCAUCAUGAUAUCCAAGAAACAUUGGUCAAAGUACUCAAUUCGAUUUUGAAAACAAUUAAGGAAGAGAAUACGUUAUCCAAUUCAGAGGAGGAGAAUCCAUCGUCAGAAUUCAUAAAAUAUUUAGUAUCUGUGAUUAAUCAAGAUUUACAAGGUGCAUCAACAAUAGCAGCUGGUGUUACACUAGCGUGGACACUGUUUGUGAAUUUCCCUGAACGCGUUGAUCCAUUAUUGAAUUCGCUGAUGAAGUCAUUCAACAAGCUUUGUAAGGAUCAUUUGAGUACAUCGCAACCGAAGGACGCCGUUACAAUGGAAGAAGCAAAAAUCACAACUAAAUUACUCGAGAAAUUACUAUGCUUACUAUCAAUGAAAAUUGCAUCUUUGGGAGAUACACGCCGCCCCUUCUUGUCAACAAUUGCUCUACUUAUCGAUCGUUCAAUGGAUCAACGUUUCCUAAAGAAAAUAGUAUGUCUAUCCCGGACAUGGGUUUUCAACAAUGAGGUAUUCCCUACAAUUAAAGAAAAAGCUGCUAUAUUGACAAAAAUGCUAGCCUUCGAAGUGAGAGGGGAACCUUCCCUUUCUACUUUAGUAUAUGAGAUAGUAUUAGAACUAUUUGAGAACAAACAAUUCAAUAAUACUGAAAUUACUGUGAGAAUGGAACAACCUUUCCUCGUUGGUACAAAGACUCAAAAUAUCGAAAUUAGACGGAAAUUUAUGAAAAUUUUGGAAGGAAGUUUAGAAAAGGAUAUAAAAGAACGUCUUUACUACGUUAUACGAGACCAGAAUUGGGAAUUCAUUGCUGAUUAUUCAUGGCUGAACCAGGCUUUACAAUUAUUGUAUGGUGCAUUUGACGAAAAUCAUAAUUUAACUUUGAUUAACACAUUUGAAAUAUCAUCACCAAAACAGUUACACGAAUUUUUACCAGAAGAUACGAAACCUGCUGAUUUAACAAUUCCAAAUGAAAGUGAUUCAAAACUAAUCAAAUUUAUUAAUGAACAUACCUCUGCCUUGUCGAAAUUAUGUGAUGUCUCAGCUGGUGACAUAUUUAAACCAAUGGUUGAAUUAUUUUACGAAGAUCCAAACGCUAUUCAGAAGGCUUGGGUAAAUAUAUUCCCUCAGAUUUAUAAAUGUAUUCCACGUAACGAACAAUACGGAUUUGUCCGCUCAUUGAUAACUUUGCUUUCCAAACCAUACCAUUCCAGACAAAUGUUUAAUAAACCAAAUGUUAUUUCAGUAUUAUUAACGUCAAUCAGCGAUAUCGAUAGCUUAGAAAUUCCACCUCAUCUUGUCAAAUACCUAGCAAUGUCUUAUAAUUCAUGGUACCAGUCAUUGAAGAUUUUGGAAUCUAUUCAAGAAAAUAAUUCAAUUGACAACUCUAAGAUUAUCGAGGCCAACAAUGACGCGUUAUUAGAGCUAUACCACAAUCUACAAGAGGAUGAUAUGUUCUACGGUCUAUGGAGAAGGCGUGCAAAAUAUAACGAAACUAACGUUGCGCUAUCCUAUGAGCAAAUCGGUUUAUGGGAUAAAGCUGAACAGUUAUAUGAAGUUGCGCAAGUGAAAGCACGUAGUGGUACUCUACCUUAUUCUGAAUCGGAAUAUGCCCUAUGGGAAGAUAACUGGAUUUUAUGUGCUGAAAAAUUACAACAGUGGGAUAUACUAACAGAAUUGGCUAAACAUGAAGGAUUUACGGAUCUAUUAUUAGAGUGUGGUUGGAGAGUUGCCGAUUGGAAAUCUGAUAGAGAGGCACUCGAACAAUCUGUGAAAAGUGUAAUGGAUAUCCCAACACCAAGAAGACAAAUGUUUGAAACGUUUUUAGCCUUACAGAAUUUUGCUGAUACUGGUAAGGGUGAUCAAGAUAUUAGAAGACUAUGCGACGAAGGAAUUCAGUUAAGCUUACACAAAUGGGUUUCUCUUCCUGACCGCUAUACAAACGCACAUAAAUGGUUAUUGCAUGGUUUUCAACAAUAUCUCGAAUUUUUAGAAGCGACCCAUGUUUAUACUAUUCUUCAUUCAACUACUGCCCAAAAUAUUGAUUCUAAGGCUCAAGAAGUGAAGCGUGUCUUCCAGGCUUGGAGGGAUCGUCUACCUAACAUAUGGGAUGAUAUUGAUCUAUGGAACGAUCUUGUUACUUGGAGACAACACGUUUUUCAGGUUAUCAACAACGCCUACUUGCCAUUAAUCCCUUCACUACAACAAAACAACAAUAACAAUAUAAUAAACACUCACGCCUACAGAGGUUACCAUGAAUUAGCUUGGAUAAUCAAUCGUUUUUCUCAUGUUGCACGGAAGCAUGACAUGCCAGAAGUGUGUAUAAGUCAACUUGCAAGAAUUUAUACUCUACCAAAUAUUGAGAUACAAGAAGCAUUUUUGAAACUACGUGAACAAGCUAAAUGCCACUACCAAAAUAUGAAUGAAUUGACCACUGGCCUUGAUGUUAUUAGUAACACAAACUUAGUUUACUUUGGUACUGGCCAAAAAGCAGAAUUUUUUACAUUAAAGGGUAUGUUUUUAUCCAAAUUAAGGGCAUAUGAUGAAGCCAACCAGGCAUUCGCAACAGCAGUACAGAUUGAUUUAAAUUUAGCAAAAGCAUGGGCCCAAUGGGGUUAUUUCAAUGACAACAGGCUAUCUGAAGAACCCAAUAAUAUUAGUUACGCUAGUAAUGCUCUAAGUUGUUAUUUACAAGCUGCAGGUUUGUACAAGAAUGAUAAGACAAGAAAUCUCCUAUGCCGUAUCCUAUGGCUAAUAAGUAUCGAUGAUGCAUCUAAUUCAUUAACAAAUGCAUUUGAUUCCUUUAGGGGUGAGGUUCCAGUAUGGUACUGGAUAACAUUUAUACCACAAUUGUUGACGUCCUUAUCUCACAAAGAGGCUAGUAUGGUUCGCCAAAUUUUAAUUAGAAUCGCAAAAAGCUAUCCUCAGGCACUACAUUUCCAAUUACGUACUACUCGUGAAGAUUUUGCAGUUAUCCAGAGACGUACAAUGGCAGUUUUGGGUGAGAAAGGUGAGGCAAACAAUUCUCAGGAAAAUGCAGCCCAACGUCAACCCUGGGAACACCUACAGGAGUUGAGCAAUAUUUUAAAGACAGCAUAUCCAUUGCUUGCGUUAUCAUUGGAAUCUCUAGUAGCUCAAAUAAAUGAAAGGUUCAAGACAAGUCCCGAUGAAGAUUUAUUCAGAUUGAUUAAUGUUUUAUUAAUUGACGGUACUUUUAACUAUGGACGUUUACCUUUACCUCGUGCUAAUUCUCAAUUACCUUCUAGUACAGAAACAAACCUCGUAAGGCUAUCCGAGACAUUAUUAGAUCCCCAUAUUAGACCAAAAUUUAAUACUGAUUUUAUAGAUAGCAAACCUGAUUUUGAAACUUAUAUCAAGAGACUACGUUAUUGGCGUAGAAGAUUAGAAAAUAAAUUAGAUCGGACACCUAAGGUGGAAUAUUUGGAAAGAGUGUGUCCUAACUUGAGUAGUUUCCAUCAUCAAAAGUUUGAGGACAUCGAAAUACCUGGUCAAUACUUAUUAAACCAUGACAGUAAUGUCCACUUCAUUAAAAUCUCUAAAUUUUUGCCAGCCGUUGAUUUUGUACGUAGUACACUAGUUUCGUAUAGGAGAAUCAAUAUACGUGGUCACGACGGUAGUAUCCAUUCAUUUGCUGUGCAAUCACCAGCUGCUAGACACUCGAGACGUGAGGAAAGAAUGUUCCAAUUAUACAGAUUGUUGAAUAAGCUUCUGGAUAAGCAUGUACAGUCAAAACGUCGGAAUUUACAAUUCACUUUACCAAUUGCAAUUCCUUUGUCGCCACAAGUUCGUAUUAUGAAUGACAAAUCAUCAUAUGUGACAUUACAUCAAAUGUAUGAUGAAUAUUGUAUGAAAGCUAAUAUUAAUCCCGAUGAGAUCCAGCAGUUCGUGAAUGAUCAAUUAAAUAUUGCACAUGAUAAGUCGCUACCACCUCCUGAUAUUACACUAGUCAAAAUGGAAAUAUUUAGUUCCAUUCAUUCUAUGUUUUUGCCUACAACUGUUCUAAAAGACAGCUUUUGUGCACUGUACCCAGAGUUUGAAGAUUUCUGGCUCUUCCGUAAACAAUUUACAUCCAGCUAUGGUACAGUCACUUUUAUGACUUAUAUGAUGAUGAUCAAUAACCGUACUCCAAGCAAAAUAUUUGUUGAUAAACAGUCUGGUGAUGUAUUUACUUUAGAAAUGUUACCGUCAAGAUAUCCAUUCGAGAGGGUCAAACCACUAUUCAAGAAUUUGGAAUUGAACUUACCUCCUGAUGCACCAAUAUUCCACAACAACGAACCGGUGCCUUUCAGAUUAACUCCUAACAUACAGAAAUUAAUUGGGGAUUCUGCCCUUGAAGGUAUUUUUGCCGUCGACAUAUUUACAAUAUCAAGAGCAUUAUUAGAUCCAGAGAAUGAAUUAAAUAGUUACUUGACGUUAUUUAUUCGUGAUGAAAUUAUUUCAUGGUAUAGCAACAUGCACAGACCAAUAGUUGAAAAUCCACAAUUACGUGAAAUGAUACAGUCUAAUGUCGAUUUGAUAAUUAAGAGAGUUUCUCAGCUUGGUCACUUAAGCUCCACUCCUACAGUUACAACCCAAUUUGUUCUAGAUUGCAUCAGUGCCGCUGUGAACCCUAGAAAUUUGGCUGGAACAAACAUCAGUUACAUGGCGUGGUUCUAG